GGACGGUGUAGAGCCAGCGGAGGGGCGAACGUUCUCUGGUCACCAUGGCAAGGUUCCCAACUAUUGGGUUCCUUUUUAUAAUCCACCUAGUGGCAUCGCAAGGGCAGAGAAUUGGACCACCAGGACCUCCAGGUCCACAGGGACCCCCUGGAACACUGGGCAAGGAUGGAAUAGAUGGUGAAGUCGGCCCCCCUGGUUUACCUGGACGCCCAGGUCCAAAAGGAGCCCCUGGAAAACCAGGUGAAGCUGGAAAACCAGGACUGUCUGGACUGCCAGGUAUUGAUGGACUGACUGGACCUGAUGGGAAACCUGGCCCUGAUGGACCACCAGGAGAACGGGGAAACAUUGGACCACCUGGGCCUGAUGGACCUGCAGGAAGAGGACCACCUGGACCUCCCGGUCUUGCUGGACCAAGUGGUUUACCAGGCGGUAAAGGGCCCCAAGGUCCUGCGGGACCUUCUGGCCCACCUGGACUUCCUGGGCCUCCAGGACCACCAGGCCCUCCAGGUAUUCCUGGAGUUGUUCCUGAUAGCAAUGGAGACCUCCAGUGUCCAGCUGUUUGCCCACCAGGACCUCCUGGUCCCCCAGGAAUGCCAGGUUUUAAGGGACACACAGGACACAAAGGAGAACGAGGGGAACUUGGAAAAGAUGGUCAGAAGGGCGAUGCGGGUCCUCCUGGGCCAGCGGGAAUCCCUGGCAGUGUGGGCUUACAGGGCCCAAGAGGUGCAAGGGGCCUAGUUGGACCUCAGGGACCUGCAGGAGACAGGGGACCCAAUGGAUUUAGAGGACCCCCUGGUCCUCCAGGACCCCCUGGGAAAGCUGGGGAUCAAGGCGUAGGAGGACCUCAGGGAUAUCCUGGACCUAAAGGUGACUCUGGAAAAGCUGGUCCCAAGGGGAUGCCAGGUGGUCCAGGUCCCAUAGGAGAGCCAGGAAUGCCAGGGAAGGAUGGGCGUGACGGGACCUCUGGCCUGGACGGUGAGAAGGGUGAUCGUGGAAGGCCAGGAGUUCCUGGUGAGAAGGGGCCAAAUGGACUCCCAGGGCUUCCUGGCAAAGCUGGAACUAAGGGAGAGAAAGGUCAACUGGGCGCCCAUGGAGAACUAGGAGAAGCCGGCCCCUCUGGAGAGCCAGGUAUUCCCGGUGAAGCUGGACCUCCAGGAGAAAGAGGAGUGGCUGGACCCAGAGGAGGAUCUGGUGGUGUCGGUCUCCCAGGACCAAUUGGUACUCCCGGAGUGCGUGGCUUCCAGGGCCCAAAAGGCAACAUUGGUGACCCCGGCUUACCUGGACCUACUGGAAUCCGUGGUGGAUUUGGAGAACGGGGUCCUGUUGGAGCUGCUGGCCCCAAAGGCGACCAGGGCAUUGCGGGUUCUGAUGGACUUCCAGGUGAAAAGGGGGAGAUGGGGCCAUUUGGACCAGUUGGACAGAAAGGAGAGCCAGGACUGAGAGGUGAACCCGGCCCCAAAGGUAUUUCUGGACCGAAUGGAACAUCUGGCAUACCAGGAAUCCCUGGCCCACCAGGUCCAAUGGGUUUCCAAGGAGAACAAGGAGUUCCUGGCAUCACAGGAAAACCUGGUGUCCCUGGCAGGCUGUCAAGUGAGCAGCAUAUCCGGGAAUUGUGCGGUGGAAUGAUCAAUGAUCAAAUUGCCCAGCUAGCAGCUAAUUUAAGAAGACCCUUGGCUCCAGGGUUGGUCGGUCGACCAGGACCCGCUGGGCCACCCGGACCUCAAGGUACUCCUGGACGUGUAGGACAUCCUGGUAGUCGUGGACCUCCAGGAUACAGAGGGCCAACUGGAGAUUUGGGAGCUCCAGGUUUCAGAGGCAAUCAAGGUGACAAAGGAGACAAAGGACAAGGUGGACGAGGUAUUGAUGGACCAUUUGGUGAUCAAGGAGAGCAAGGUGCACAAGGAGUACCCGGAACAAGCAGAGAUGGUCGGGAUGGUGCUCAUGGUGAGCCUGGUUACCCUGGUGAGCCUGGAAGAUCUGGUACAGUAGGAGCUCAAGGAACUCCAGGAAUAUGUGACACAUCCGCUUGCCAAGGUGCAGUUGCUGCAGUAAAAUCUGGUUCCAAAAAGUCAUAAAGACCACAAUGAACAUAGAGAACUGUCUAUUUAAUACAGCACCCUGCUGUAUGGAAGACCUUCCCUUUGAAGACCUUCAGGGAGGUAGACCUUCACAAACACCAAGAAUGGAGCCAUGCAUCAGCUCCACCAAUACUGGAGAACAUCUGAAUUAAAGUAUUCUAAACAAUUGUUAUUUUUAAGUUCACUAUUACCCUUUCUUACCUUUCUGGAACCCCCUCUUCUUCCUCAUCCUUCCUUGUGGCCAUAUUUCCUUGGUACGCUGCUCACCCUUUAUGUCAGGUUCUAAGCUGUCCACCCAGCAUUCUGAAACCAAGAAAACCCAUCCCUCUUGCAGUCAAGCCUCGCUAGAGGUAAGUGUACAUAGAAAAUUCCAUGGGAGACCAAUCUGUUCCAUUUUUCCAUCUUGAGAACCCUACUCCACCAUCUGCAGUGUGACUGAGAUAUGUUGUAAUCAAACAAUCCCAGAGAUCUAGACAAGUACUGUACAAUGUGUUGUAAAAAUAAAAAGUCCGUUUUUUAAGUCAUGUGCAAAUGAUGUCCUGUUUUAGCACA